AUGAUGUGCUGUUUGUCUGCCGAAGCACGUGAACAGAAACAAAUCAAUCGAGAAAUCGAGAAACAAUUGCGUCUUGAUAAGAAAAAUCAACGGCGUGAAUUGAAACUACUACUGCUGGGGACGGGAGAAUCCGGUAAAUCAACAUUCAUCAAACAAAUGCGAAUUAUUCAUGGAACAGGCUAUUCCGAAGAAGACAAACGUUCAUUUGUUAAACUUGUUUAUCAAAAUAUAUUCAUGGCAAUGCAUAUAAUGAUCCGUGCUAUGGAUACGCUCAAAAUACAGUACAGAGAUAAACGAAAUGAAGUGGAAUAUGCUCCGUUGGUCCGAUCAGUAGAUUAUGAAAGUGUGACAACGUUUGAACCUCCAUAUGUAGAAGCAAUUAAAAGUUUGUGGAAUGAUCCUGGCAUCAAAGAGUGUUAUGAUAGGAGAAGAGAGUAUCAACUAACAGAUUCAGCCAAAUAUUAUCUGGAUAGUAUCGAUCGAAUCGACACGCCAGAUUAUUUACCAACUGAACAAGAUGUUCUUCGUGUCCGAGUUCCUACGACGGGAAUCAUUGAAUAUCCAUUUGACCUUGCAAAUAUUAUAUUUCGAAUGGUGGAUGUCGGUGGCCAGCGAUCUGAACGUCGAAAGUGGAUUCAUUGUUUUGAAAAUGUCACUUCGAUAAUGUUCCUUGCUGCACUAAGUGAAUACGAUCAAGUUCUUGUUGAAUCUGACAAUGAAAAUCGAAUGGAAGAGAGCAAAGCAUUGUUCCGAACGAUCAUAACUUAUCCAUGGUUUACGAAUUCAUCUGUGAUCCUUUUCUUGAAUAAGAAAGAUUUAUUAGAAGAAAAAAUCAUGCAUUCACACCUGGUUGAUUAUUUUCCUGAAUUCGAUGGUCCUAAACGUGAUGCUCAAGCUGCACGCGAAUUUAUUCUGAAAAUGUACGUUGACCUCAAUCCAGAUAGUGAUAAGAUUAUCUAUUCACAUUUCACCUGUGCAACUGAUACGGAGAAUAUCCGAUUUGUAUUCGCAGCUGUUAAAGACACAAUCCUUCAGUUAAAUCUAAAAGAAUAUAAUUUGGUUUAG